AAGGCUAUAGCUUAGGUGUCGCAGUGGAGUGCCUCACCACAAGAGCGGUGGCUGUGACUAAAAUAGCUCUGAUGAGAUUCGAAAGAUUGCAUCGAGCCUCCGAGUCUUGUGAUAGGACCAUACUCCAGUAACACAACACCUUGACAUGGCUUUAUCAACAAUAGACGAAGUUAGCUUGGCAACGACAGACGGAUUCACAUCGGAUGCUGUUCACGUGUGAGACUGUGUCAGUAACACUGAGCAUAUUUAUAUAUUGAGGCUACUGAUUACUCUUGAUUAACAAGCUGGAGAACUGUGGAUAUAUGAUUGGUAACAUUCGUUUUUCAAUGAGCCAAUUAGAUUGUGUCGUUUAUAUUUGAGCUGUUACUAUAUCUGACUGUUACUCGAAGAGAAUGCACAUGCGCUGUUGUAUGGACAGUACUGCCGAAGUAAUUAACACAUGCGGACGGACAUAUGGCAUUGUGUUGGUCAAAUUUCCUUUAUAAGUGAGAGAGCUAUACUUGGCUGUUGUACACGCAACCUGUGACUGGCUUGAACGGAUGGAUGAUCAGCAUUUAACAAAAGACCGCCGUGUGUGCUUGGAAUCAAGCAAGGUGCACCACUCUGCCUCGUCUCAUUAAUGAGAAACGCGGAAUAAAUUCCAAAUGGGUGGUGACGAGUUUGAAUAAGCCUGAGCCCGGCUCAUUCCUACCAUUGAUAAACACGUGGAAUUCUGGCUUCUCUUUGUGUCGGCUUGAAGACGAAAACAUACCUGUUGGAUUCGUGUGAAUGAAACGAGCCCUCCGAAGAAGCGAGUAUAUAUCAAACGAAAACAUGACUCAUUACGAUUACAACGUUAAGAUCAUCCUCCUGGGAGACUAUGGUGUGGGCAAGAGUACCCUGAUGAACUAUCUUGGAAAACAAAAGGAGGGAUCAGUCAGAUGCUGCUGUGCGCGUUCCAACAGGAAUGGCUACGUGGAAAUUGAGGUUAACAGGAAUGAUAAGUGCAUCUUAGCAAGACUAACCGACACUGGAGGCCAAGAGCGUUACCGCAGCCUAACCUCAUCCUACUACCGAGGUGCACAUGGCUGUAUCCUGAUGUAUGACGUCACAAGGGAGGAGACGUUUCAUAAUAUGCAAAAUUGGUCUGCCGACUUAGAGACAUACGGCCCUGUUCAACACGUCUCAUCAAUAAUGGUGGGCAAUAAAUGCAUGUCACCGGAACGGGAAGUGACGCGACAAAGGGGAGAUAAGCACGCCGAGCACUUGGAACUUCCCUACACAGAAAUCGACGUGGCAAAGAACUACAACGUCAUUCGACUGUUCGAGAAGCUGAUAGACAAUAUCAUGGAAGUCGCGUCCAGGAAAAACUCUCUGGCAUUGGAGAUUAAACCACUGUCACUGAGAAAGGAUUCGAAGGAGUCCCUCGCUCCUGAAAACAGUUGUUGCUCAUGUUGAGGCUUGUCAUAUAGAUGUCGCUUCCAGAUGUACUGGAACCGGUUUAUGGUUCUGGAUUGGGACUUCCAUGUUGUAUCUAUUUCGUGUACUGUUUUCAGUACUGUAAUGCACCGUUUGACGUUAGUACGUGUUCGGUGAUGUAGAACAGUUUAGUGCUAUGUUUCCUUUCACGUCGUAGGUUUGUUAUCACACCGCAGAGACAACAAGCACGUAUUUCAAAGAACAACCAAGCGGCACGGACUAUAUAGACUCACAGUGUUUUGCGGAUCAACAUAGUACUAAAUACUUCAAACUAUAAUGCCCGGAAGACUGUAAAAAAAUAUAAUCCGGGUGUUUGAUGAUUGCUGGUUUCAGGGAUCUCCACUGCAGGAGCACAUAAAAUAGAACCAGCACAUCCUACCACAUGUGGGAAAAUAGUAUAUGGCAAACAUGCGCAGCCUUAAGAGCUUGUUGUUUAAGGUGGCGUCAAUCUUCAUACUGUGAUAACAUCAACAAUGAAACAAAAUCCCAUAUCGCAGUUCGUAUAUCGGACCAGUCUAUCUGCCCUAUGUGUAAAACACUGUUGGGAAUGAACUGAACAUUUGAUACUAAGCUUUUGAAAUGUAAUUUAAAAAAUGGAUCGUAUUUAUUGUCAUCAACGUUCAUUUCCACCCAGCACCAGCCCGCAUUUUGUCUUCAUCCCUUUGUCAAUUACACAUUACACAUGGACUCUAGGGUCCUCAUCACCGGCUUUCAUUCAGUGUAGUAGUGACAGACGUAUCUAAGGAGUGAAGUGUAAAUCUCCCCAAAGUAAAGAAAGCCCUACUCCGUGUAUGAAGUUUAAGACUUUGAAACAAUGUGUAGAGUAGAGGCGACAAGGCCAUGACACAUGUAAUCUAAACAUUGGCCUGAGCACUCGAUGUUUUCGUCUCGCAGGUAACAGGUAUUUGUUUGAUUCCGUAUUCCUCGCGGCCGUAUUCUUCACGGGUGGUCGGUCGACUCGGAGUCAGUAUACUGUGUCUGAGUGUCUGAGUGGAGUAUUUAUGCAUGUGGCAUGGUACUUCAGUGGGCUAGCACUAUAAAAUCUACACACACACACACACACACACACACACACACACAUCAUGCACGUCGAUAUAUAAACGCGACGUUAAACCCAAUUUCUCCUCAUCGAGAAGCAUCGAAUGAAAAGAAUUUAGAGAUAAUUAUUUUGCAGUGCCAAAAAUAAUAAUUUGAAAAUUGAAAAGAAUAACCACAACAAUAACAUUACGAUUUGGAUUAUAAACGGACAAAGACAUCACCAUCAACAUAGAAAAAAUAAUUUAAAGAAGUUGACACUCAUGACAAUUCGGUUUUAAUAUAAUGACCCAUGGCUCAUGUGUUUAUACUAAUUAAUGAUAAAAUAAGGUUACGUAUAUAUCAUGUUUCCACUUUCAUCAGUAAUUCUAUCAAAAUAUAACCUUGCAUGUGACUGCAUAACUUCAGAAUGCAAUGAGUGCAGUUCAGACGUGGGAGCACAGGAUGGCACUCAUGCAUUGGUGCGUAAUACACGUGUACGCAUUGUGGUUAAACCAAGCCGUGUCUGCAAUAUUCUUGAACAUAUGUUAUUUGUCUAUUUAUUUGUUUUUGUUUAUAGGGCAUUGAAGUAAACCCACUCGUGAUGUUAGUUGUACAGUGGACACACCUUUGGAGAACAUCGGCUUUGUAAUACUUCGAAUUACAUUUGUUUGUUUGUUUGUUUUUUAACGCCGCACUCAGCAAUAUUCCAGAUACAUGACGGCGGUCUGUGAAUAAUCGAGUCUUGACCAGACAAUCCAGUG